UAUGCUCACCGUGUGUAAGUAAAUGCGCCUUUUCGGGGUUGCCUGUGAGCGGGAGAACUGCCGAGGACUGCCGAGGAAUCGAAGCUUCUGGCUGUCGUAGAGUCGUGGUAGUGUCGCGGUUGAGGCAGGUCGUGAGAACGGUAGCGCAGGUACCUACGCUUCAAGCGGCUUGUGUCUGGCGACGUCUUCUGACUGAGACUUGCCCAAGGAGUGGUGUUGUCAUGCAGCAGGUCUGCGUGGCACCUUCUUGCCUUGAUCUCGGAGUGAAUGAUCGGGGCAAGUUCCAACCCCCCACCACCCAUAUGCAGCUCUUCCUCGCAUCCGGCCCAUGCAUGUCCCAGUGCCUUGGUACAAAUACCGCGCCCUCCCUCCAUCAGUAGCUACCAAUCCUACUCCAUCACACAUCACUUCCAAUAUCUCCAAACCAUAUCUUCUUCCAAUCCACCGACCACAUGAAGUCUUCCACUCCCAACCAAAAGCAACAUGCACCCCCAGACAUCAACCUCUCCGCCCUUCUAGAGGAAGCCAAAUCAAAACUUGAACAAGUCGAAAAGCUCCUCGACGUGUAUAGCCGCCUCUCCAAGGAAAGCACGUCGUGUUUCGAGUCUCUAGUCGGUAUGCUCCAAGGCUACGAAAGCAAUUUGGACAAGGACAUGUCCACACUGAAGAACCUGAUCAAGAUUGGCGGGAAGCUGAGCGUGUACGAAGCCUGGAUUGGUCAGCAAGGCUUGAACUCACCCAACGUCGACCCGAAGGAGCUUGUCUGCCUUCAGAAGGCGAAGCAAGGCGUUUUCGAGAAAAUCAGGAACCACAAGAUUGCGCCACCGCCAAAGGAUCAGGCUCAAAGGGCAUAUCAUAUGCUGAAGCUCGCGCUGGAGAGAUGUCUUCAGACUUUUGAUGGAACCGAGCUGUGUGACAAGGAUAGGAGUCUUCCAAUGGGCACCUCACCAUCGCAGUCUCUGCUGUUUCCAAUGACAGCGGCGGUCUUCCCAUCCGCGGCCCCUCCAAGUUCAUCCGUCUUUCCGGCACCACAUCAUCUGCUGGAAGCAAACCCUUCGACGUCCGGUAGCCAAGCAAAGCCAAGGGGUGCUUUUGGAUCGUUCGACACUCAAAUUUGCGAGACUCUUGAUGGACCGGAGCUGUGUGGCAAGGACAGUGCCAGACAAAGGAGUUGAUUGAAAAGACCGAGGCUGAUAUUCGCGAGGCUCAAAGACUCUUGGAUGUUUUCAAAUUGCAAAUUGCCGGCAAGGAGCAGCACGAGGAUCGGUCGGCGGGAGAGGAACAUGAGGAGUAAGACAAGGUCAAGUCUAAGCAGCUGAAAAGUGUCAUCAGCGAGAGAUUGUUGUUUGUACAGUCCAAUACUAGUUUGUUUGUUACCUCGAGACCUCGGAUCAACUUCCCUAGGUGUUUUUAUAUCUAAUUGAUUCGUUUGGUUUCAUGAUUAAAGCGUAAUCUUACCUUGAAUAUGCCAUUUCCGA